CCGUCGAUCAGGCAUGCCGAGGAAGUGGAACCUGAAGUGGAAGAGGGCUUCGUUCCUGUAGGAAUACGAUACCUGGAUAAACCCGAAGAGAGAAAACUUAUCCGCGAUGAAGGGUCCACGCGAGGUCAGGCUCAGCCUGGAGGAGUUUAUUCUGCCCAUGAAUAAACGGCUGCAAACAACGCGGUGCCGCAGCUAUUCUCUGGCCGAUCCUUGCCAGAGCUGCCUGAGUCAACGGGACUUGACCUUGGUUCGAACCGCCCCCGCGUAUCACUCGACGAGUGGUUCGAUCCUCCGGGAGUUAGGUCGGCGGGCCGUGGAAACGGUCCGAGAAGAAGAGGUGCAGAUAGACGCGGGUGAAUCGCCGCCGGCGGACCACUCCCUCUUCUUCGACAACUUCGAGCGUCUGAGGGACGUCGGUUACGACAUCGAGCGUGUGAGGAUAGCGAUGGAGGCGGCGGUGGAGGCGGGCGAAAUGGACGCGUUGAUCGACCUGCAGCGUGGCAUCAUCGUCGAGGGUCCGGACGGUACGCUCUUCCCCGACGCCGACGCCAAGUUCCGGAACAUCGCGUACCUCUGGGCCUGCUUCGGGGGCCGCGUCGAUCUGCUUCCGCGGCUCGAGGCCUCGGGUGCGGACAUGAAUUUCACCGGUGAGUUAACCGGGCUCAAUGCGAUGCUUAUUAGUUGCAUGUCGAACAGCGCGACCUGCGUCGAGUACCUGAUAAAGAGAGGAAUGGACUGCAACGCUGUCGACGCACGCACCGGGUACACGCCCCUGCACUUUGCCGCCUUCGGGAACGCUGCCCAGGUCGCAACAAUUCUCCUCGACAACGGCGCGAAGAUCCGCUCCGACGGAUCGACGACCGAGUCCGUUCUCCACUGCGCGGUCCGGGCUCGCGCCGUCGAGACCGUCGCUCUUCUUCUGGAACGCGGUGCCAGCGUCGGGGUGCGGAACCAGGCCGGCGAGACGCCCCUCCACGUCGCCUGUUUCGUCCAGUCGAUACAGUGCGUUGAGCUGAUCCUUCGACGACCCGGCGUCGAGGUAAACGCCACUUCCAACGACCUCCGAAUCCCGCUUCACUUCGCAGUUAUGAGCACGACCGCGGCUCCGGAGCUCAUCGCGCUGCUACUGACACGGGGCGCCCUGGUCAACGCCGUCGACGAGGAGGGCUACACCCCAGCCCAUAUCGCCGCCCUGAACGAGCUCGCGGAGCCCGUCAACGUCCUGCUCAAGGCCGGCGCUGACCUCAGCGCAAAGACCCGCUCCGGCGUCACGGUCCUUGGCGUCAUUCUCAGGAAGAUACCCGACGCCCUCGAGACCUUCCGCCAGAUCCUCGACGCCUCCGUCGAGCUCCGACGACCCGCCGCCUACCGCAGGGAGUUUGAACUCAGGCUCGACUUCGAGCCGCUGUACCCGAGCCGUGACGACGGCGAGAUCGGGCUCGUCGAUACCAUCCUCGAGGAACACCGGAAGGACCUGCUUCAACACCCGCUCGUCACCGCGUUCCUCCACCUCAAGUGGGAGAAGAUGCGCAAGUUUUAUCUCCUCCGGAUCAUCCUGUAUCUCAUCACCGUUGUAUCCCUCACCGCGUACGUUCUGUCCGCCGUUACAGGAGUCCAGUGCUACCAACCAGAGACCCAAACCGCCGAUUACUGCUCGGAAAACUCCAUCUGGGUUACCAUAUGGAGUAACGUCUUAACCACCGAGUAUUACCUCCUGACAUUCCUCGCCUGCUCGACCGCCGCGAGGAAGCUCUUCGAGUUCUUUGUGUACCACUCGGUUAAGCAGUACUUUUCAUAUACCGACAAUAUCCUUGAUAUUUUUGUUGUAAUCGGCCUGUUUGUCGCUACCAGCACCUACGAUCAAGCCGUCGCCGGUUCCUGGCAGAACUACGUCUGGGCCUUCGCCAUCCUCUGCGCUUGGACAAACGUCAUGCUCAUGAUCGGGCAACUCCCGGCCUUCGGGACCUACGUCGGGAUGUUCACCCAAGUGCAGUGGGAGUUCGGCAAACUGCUCAUCGCCUACUCCGGGGUGCUCAUCGGGUUCACCGUCAGCUUCUGCGUGAUAUUCGUCGGCGAUCCUUCGUUCUCCAAUCCCUUUACCGGGUUCAUAAAGAUCAUGGCUAUGAUGGCCGGCGAGGUCGAUUUUCAGGGACUCAUUCUGACCAACAACAAACCAGCUGACGGCUUCUCCUACGUUUCGAUAGCUUCUCAGCUGCUCUUUGUUCUAUUUUUGUUUUUCAUUACGGUCGUUAUGAUGAACCUUCUCGUCGGUAUCGCCGUGGACGAUAUAACGGGCCUGAGAAAGAACGCGGGGAUAACCAAGGUCAUACGACAGACGAAGCUCAUCGUAUUCGUAGAGACUGCUCUGAGGAAGAACGUCGUACCGAAACGGUUCCGUGAAUGGGUAUUGAGCUCCGGGUCGUCGAGCGGCAAGGAACGGAAACACGUCCUCGUCGUCAAUCCCUUCAAUCCGCUCGAGAGGCGGCUACCCAAGGAUAUACUUUACGCCGUUUACGAACUGGCGCAGCGAAAUGCGCCCCUUGAAUCCGACGUCGUUCUCGAGGAACGCGUCAAAAAAAGCCGGAAAGAACCGACGACCGACGUUGCACGGCUUAAUUCCGUCAUCGCGAAACUCUCGAACAGGCUGCAAACUCACGAGGAAAAUAUCAACGCUAUAAAGGAACAACUCGAACGGACCAACAAGGCUUUGGAGGAGAUUCUAUCGCUCGUCAAGCGCUCGGAUUCCUGAACUAGUUCUUCCACUUUGCGCCUUAACCAUCGGCAACCUGAUAAUCCAACCGAAUAUCAAACUCCAGAAUCAUUUUUCCUCUCAUAUUUACGGGACUCAGCGGCUCCGUUGACGUCGAGGCUAAGGUUUCGGGCGGCGGACCCUCCGGACAAGCCGGUGCGAUACGGUGGGGAAUAUCCUGGGCUCUGAGAAGUUUCGU